AUCGAUCAGGGUCGCAGUUGGGUUGGCAGCAGUGGCGGGUCAGUGAGGAACCGAGCGGGCCGAGCGGAGCCCCUGCCGUCGGAGUCGGACUUUGCGGACCAUGAGAGACUGAAGGGAGAUGGAUGUGCAGCCGAGCACCCUUGAGGAGGCAUGUCAGAUGAUCCACGAGCUCAGGGAAAGGCAUCGCAGCCAAGCACAUCAGUUGUUGUCCUGGCGCCGCCGAGCUAAGGCUCAGGAGGAAAUGAUGGCAAAACUGGCCCGUGAACAUGCCGAGCAGCUGAAAGGCUUGUCGUCGCAACUUCUGCUGCUGGAGGCCGGUCUGUGUCGGAAGCAAAAAGAGAUUCGGACGCUCCUCAUGAACCGAGACAAGUGUGUGAUGAGACAGUCAAGAACCAUCAGGGUACUGCAGCAGCGCCUGGCCGACUCUGGCCUGGACCCCUCCUUGCUGGACACCAACGAGGUUGACCUGGCCGCCGACAACGACAGUGCCGUGGUGCUCGAGGACGGGUCUGCGAUGGACCUGCAGCUGGCACUGCCCCUAUCCUCGGUUCUCCGCUACAACAGCACCACGGCUGCUGUGCAGAGAAGCAUAUCAGAUGCAACCAAAUUCUCUUCCUCUGGUGCUGGUGGCAAACGAGGAAGUAACUCCUUUUUAAGAAGACCUGAAGUACUUGAGACUGUGUACAGCGUCGAGGAAGAUCAAGACUCGGAGGAACCUCCGAAACAGUCAACUCCAGAGCGGCCACAUAGUGUUUCCGACUGCACCGUUCCAGCAGUCGAUGAAAACUCUCCUAUUACUGAUUCCGAGAUGCUUAACCACAAUUCUGUGUCAAAUGAAGAUUCCGAGCGAAAGUUGUUACGAAGGCAGCCUCCGUUGCGAACAAGCCGGGUGGACCUGGAAGAGCCACCCAGUUGGAUACCAGCGCCCCCCGCCGGGGGUCAGCAGCAUCAGUUCAACCGAGUCAUGGGCAACAAUCACCGAUCUGUGACCAAGCCCAAGGAUGUCAAGUACAAACGCAUCAACAAGGCCAAAAGCAAGUCCCUGGAAGAGCUGCGCGGCCGUCUUCGAGUGGAGCCUCAAAGUCCUGCCUAACUAAAUUAGCUCACCUGCCCUGCUCAACUCAACUUUUUUAAUUUAAUUGUUAUACACACACGUAUGAUGUAUUUAUCAAACUUGUAGGCCGUGGCCUGCCGACCAAGGCGUAGUGAUGUUAGGAAUAUAAGACUCGGAUUAUGUGAAACUUGCUAAGUGAAAAGUCUAUUAACACCACUCUAUGGUGCUCUAUCUGUGACCUUAUCUCUAAUCUUGUCUUGGAUUAAUGAAAUUUGCUCUGAUAUCAGUAAAACUGCAAAUGUGCUGAAUUUAAAAAUAAGCAAUCUUUAUUUCAAAAUACAUAUAAUUUCAUUUAUAAACGCUUCUUAAUAUAAUUUGAAAAAAUUGUUUUUGAAACACUCCUUUUUAAUUAAGUA